CCAUCUUUUACGUAAUGGCUAAAAUUAAUCUGCAACGACAAAUCGUCAUUAAAGAAAAAUUCACAAGAAGUUAGCGAAUUUUUUUCAUCCAUGUUAUGUAGCUGUUUUAUUUGUUUUUUCUUGAUAUUUUCUUACCUAUAUCAUUUUAGACGAAAUUAAUUUUAUUUUUUUUAAAUAUUAAAUGGCAAAUUAUCAACAACAACAAAUUCAGUCCUCUUCUACAGCAUUUCCUCAAUAUUCACAAAACAUUAGACAGACAAAUUCUCAACAGACCAAUCAACAACAACAACAGUCAUUACUUCCAAUUGAACAAAGAAUUAAUCCACUAGGUUUACCUCCACAAAUGCUUAUUAAUUAUGACAAACAUUCAAUUGAAACUCUUUGUACUUUGGGGAAAGAAUUAAUUUUGGAAUUAAUGACGAGAAUGUUUACUAUUGUCAGCACAUUAAAAUUAAAUAUAAAAGGAGAAAAAUCUUUACCAAAAAACGAUAAUAAUAAUGUUGACAAUGUUCGUCUUCAAUUGGAAUAUUCUCGUCUUAUAUUUAUGGCUUUGACUGAGAUUCGUCUCCGAAUUGAUUUAAAAUUAUUUAAAGAAUUAAAGACUGGCGAAACAUUAAAAACUUGUAGGCCUUCAGACAAAGAUUUAAUUGAAUUACUUUCCAAUCCAAAUCCUUUAGAAGAGGAUUCACAAAAAUUGGAAAUAUCCAAACAAUUCGAAAAAAAUCGUCAAAAAUUGUUAAAAAUAAAUUGUGAAAUGAAAAAAUUGGAGUGGAUAUCAAUUAAUUCUGACCCGUCAAUAUUUACAAUUAUUGGAAAUGAAAGUAAUGAACAGAAGAAAAUGUUGAAUGAGGAAAGGGCUAAAAGUAGACAAAGUUGA